AAUUCGGUUUUAAUCCGAUUUCUGCAUGAUUAUCAUUUCACCUUAAACAGCUUCGUAUGUGUGUGUGUGUGUGUGAGGACUGCACCAUUAGUGUGUGUGUGUGUGUAUUGUUCGGUGUUUUAAACAAGUGCAUGUUCAUCAAUUAAUCCAUUAAUUAGUCCUAAUGCUUUAAACAGGGUCUGUUGGAGUCACGUGACCAUGAUGUACUGUAAUGUGAAAUAUAAUCACUGCUACUGAUAUCCGUCUAUAUGUUUCAUUCAGGAUCAAUAAAGUAUCUACGGACCUAUUUUCAAAGACACGUAUAAAAUGAUUAUUGUUGGAUUAUUUGUUGGUUUAUUAGUUUAUCGUGAUGUUCAUUAGAUAUCGAUAAAACAUAUGACAUUUUUUUGGUCUAUAAUUAAUGUUCCUCUGAGAUCAGUAAAGUGUCUAACGGUCUAUUUUGAAGACACUAAUAAAAGAAUCAUUAGUAGUUUAUUAAUUGAAACAAAUAAUUACAAUAUGUAUUAAAUAUCAUAAAAACGUCCUUUUUUCCUUGUAUUAUAUCACCCGUCCGCCCUGUUCCAGCACAAGAUAACAUUAAUAACACGUAUAUUCAAGUUUAUAUGUUGCAUUUAUCAGGAUUGUAUUAACGCCCUCAUCAUCGUUUCCAUAGUAACCUCUCCAUUGAUUAUAAUAUUAUUUAUUCUGUAAUCAGAAACGUGUUUGUGUGACACUGAUGAAAGGAGUCUCCAAUGUGAGAGUGCGCGUGUGUGAGUGCUUUCUUUCUAAUGAGAGCGUGAUUACUCCCGAGCCGCCGCCGCCUUGUGAGAGGUUUCAGAAGUAUUUACGCCCUCGGACUGAAAGGUUAAGUAUCCGCUUGUGUCAGAGAUUCAGGGACACGGCUGUGUUCUUCAGAAAGGGAAAAUAAAUACAAAUCAGGCUUUCUGUUUUUCUGUGUUGUCUAAGUGGAUUCUGUGUGUGUAGACGUAUAACGCUGUAUCAGGUUAUGAGAAUCUGUAAUAAACAUGAAUAAUCAUGUUAUUAUUGUUGUUCUGUGCUGGAACAGUAUGGCCAGGGAAGAUGAUAUAAGAACCAAAAAAAAAAGAAUCACAGUAUACAAAGACGUUUUAACGAUAGUUAAUACAUAUCGUGAAAUUUUGUUUUGCUAAUAAACGAUUAACAAAUAAUCUAUUAAUAAUCAUUUUGUUAAUGUCUUCAGAUCGAUCGAUAGAUAGAUAUAUUUUUUUAUCCCGAAGGAAAUUCAUAAGGAAAUUAUUGUAAGAAAAAGAAAAAUUGCAAUGUGUGAAGACGUUUUAAAGGUACUAAAUACGUAUCGUCAAAUUUAGUUUUGCUAAUAAACUAUCAACAAAUAAUGUAAUAAUAAUUUUUUUAUUAACGUCUUUAAAAAUAUUUUAAAAACAUGAAGAAUAAGGACAAUAAUGUGCAAUAUGUUUGGAAAAAAAUAUAAAUUCCAGUCUAUAUCAGCUUUAUUUCAAAACACUCUUCCUUUUAUUAAUAUAAUUAGGAUUACUCAGUGUUACAAUGUUAUUUUAAUAAAGUAACCUGAUUAUUAUUUAUUGAUCAGUUGUAUAAUUGUGAUGCUCACAUGAUGCGAUAUUGUACCCUAAUGAGGCUUGUGGGCGUGGUCAGGUUGUUGCUUUGUGAUUGGAUGCUUUUUACAUUUUGGUCACAUUUUUAUCUCAGAAGGAUGAACAUCACAUGGUGCUUUAAAAAAACACACACACAUCAACAUUGUUAUAAUUUUUGUCUGGGUUUUUUUGUCUGCUCCAGCUGCUUGCAUAAAAGUCUGGUAAAGGCUUUUAAUUUGUCUUCCAACUAUAAAUCGAGUUAAAGGAGCACUACUAAGAGAAAUCAAUCCCAUAAUGCUUCUCACUUGAUGAGAUUUUAUCGCGUCUCAUCUCUAAUCUCGUAAAAACACGGAUUCAAUUUAAAGGAAUAAUCCUGAUUAUAAAACGGUCAAGCCUCGAGCUGUUGUUCGUUCGUUCGUCUGUCUGGCUGUUCGGCUCCAUCUGCUUGGAAAUCGAGGUGAAAGGUCAUGGGAUCGUGACCCUGAGCGUGUGAAACUCGUCUCGGGUCUGAAGGUUAAAGAAGGAAAAAAGGCGUCUGCUGCUGAGUGGAGUUUGGUGAAUCAGGCGCUCUUGAGAGGAGCAGGUGGUGUGUGUGUGUGAGAGAGAGUUAAAUGUUCAGGAAUGUUCUGCCACACGCGCGCACACACACACACGCUCGGAACUCUCUCUGAAACAGUGCUGCUUAAUCAGUGUGGCCUGGAAGCCCAGCAUGAGAAUUCCCUCUGGGGCGACCCAGCCACCACCUGCAGCAACCGUACCAACUGGAAUCAAGUAACUAUUAAUGAAAAGGACACUAAACCUUGGACGUACAGUUCCCCAGAGUCAUUAGAAUGUGUCUUGGAUGCUGACACACCAGCACUUGUGAAUCUAAGCAUGAGUAUGGCUACAGGAGCGAGCCAACACAGCCACUACCCAAUCAGCAAAGCCAGUGUUAAUCACUCCUCAAGUAUGUUCUCUGGUCAGGGUGGCCCCAACAGGGGUUGGGCCUCUGAGGGCAAAACUGAUGUGUCCAUGGGUACCAGAGGCCAGUCCAACUGGGGAUCUUCAAAUCUAAAUUUGAACCCCAGCGCGAACCCUGCUGCUUGGCCCAUACUUGGACAUGAUGCCCCAGGAGUUGGGACCAGGCCUGGGGGUAUGGGUGGGUCAAGUUCAGUCCCAUCCAAUGUCUGCGGCCCAGGAGGCAUCGCUCCUGUUCAAGGAACCAAUGGAAAUGCAAACCUUGUGGGAGACUGUGCAUGGGGAAACCCAGACACCCCAGAACAGCACCAGACUCCAACAAGCAUGACCUUCAGUAUGGAGCCUACAAACCUUAAAACUGAUGGACUGAACGUUAAAACGGAGCCGAUGAGCCCUGUGGACGGAUGGGGGAGAAAUAUGAGUCAGUCUCCCACUGAGUCAGCUGCCGGAGAUGGUACUGCUCGGUGGGGUAAAGGAGACACGAAGAGUGGGGAAUCAAAAGACUCUGGUGGCAUCUCCUCUUGGGGCCAGGGAGGAGGUGAUGCAAACUGGGGUCACUGGGGCAAACAGUCAAGCACUGAAGGUACAGGGUGGGAUGGAAAUGAUGGUCCGACACAAGAGUCUAUGAAUUCCUGGGGGACUGAUGCUCCGGGCAGCGAAGGUAGCAAAGACAGCAGUGAAGGACGCGAAAGACGGAGAGAAAGUUCCUCCAGUAUGGAUGUUCCACUUCUGCCAAGGCAGGACUUAGAUCCUCGUGUGCUGUGCAACUCUGGUUGGGGACAAACCCCAGUCCGGCAGCACACGGUCUGGGAAAUGGAUGAAAAUCUUGGUUCCAAGGAUGAGGGUGGCACUGAAUCUUGGGGUACUUCCUCUAAUGCACCUUCAUCUGGAUCACCACCUCAUGCAGGAUGUGCCAAUCCCAACCUAAAUGUGCCUCCUAGGAUGGAGUCUGGGAGCAAAACAGAGGGACCUCCUCGAGUUAUGCCAGCACCACGCUGGGGAGGAUCAUCCUCACCAACAAAUCAGGCGAGCACUGGAUGGGGAGAGCCACCUGCUAAUAAGAAAGUGUCCAAUGGCUCUGUUGGUAGUUGGGGUGAGAAGAUGCCAGAUGGCCCUAGCCCUAGUGGAUCUAGUGGCCAAUUUUGGGGGUCAGAGGAUAAGUCUUCAAACUGGGAUGAUGGUCAUUCCCAGGUUAAGUCACAACCUAGCGGAAAUGGGCAUAGUUCUUCCUCAAACUGGGGAAAUUGUGCAAGUGGAGAUUGGGGAGAGCCUUCAGAAGGAAAAAUGGAAGGAUCUCGUACUUCCUCUUGGGAUGGAGAUGGAGGGAGCUGGAAGGAAACUCAGAAGGGCUGGGGGAAAACGGCGCCACCAGCAGGUGAAAAUUGGCGUGACUCCCAACGCUCAAAUGGUCCUGUGCAAGGUUGGGGUGCAAAGAAUCCUCAAGAAUCCAUGGGGUCAUGGGGUGGUCCAAACUCUGUAAAGCAGGGUGGUUCUAACUGGAGGUCUACAGGAAGGCAGGAUCCAGGGGACGAAUCUACAGGCUGGGAAGAGCCUUCUCCUUCCUCGAUCCGAAGGAAAAUGGAAAUUGAUGAUGGAACCGCAACAUGGGGAGAUCCUAAUUCCUACAGAACCUGUGUAAACAUGUGGGACAGAAAUAACCCCUCCUCCCAGGGCAACCCAGCUACCAGUAACAGCGGGGGCAACACUAUCAAUCAUACAGGGUCUAACCACCACAGCCAUGCUCCGGCACCUAACCACUCUGAUGGUAACAACAAUGGUUCUCCUAACCAGCUAGGCGCUCCUCAAAAUAGGAUCCCCAAGGUAAACCCAGGCUGGGGAGAGCUUCCAAACGUUCAGCCCAAACCUGAGUCCUGGGGGGAACCGGAUUCCUCGAGCUCCACGGUGGAUAACGGCACGUCCGCCUGGGUGAAGUCACCCAAAGCCGCUGGAGUCUGGGGGGAAAACGGCCACGAAUCCACUGGAUCCUUCGGCAGAGGCUCAGGAAUCUCCAAACCGGUCCCCAAAACUAUGCAAGACAGCUGGGGGUCCGGUGGUGGGGACGAGCUUGCUGUUAGCAGCAGCCAGUGGGACCCCGAGGACGGGGACAUGUGGACUAGCCCCACCUCCCAGGACAACUCUUCUUCCUGUAAUUCCUGGAAUCAGCCCAAGAAAGGAGUACAGAAGGGGAAAAUCCCGACCAAACAGGAUGAAGUUUGGAUCAUGAACCGACUAAUCAAGCAGCUCACAGACAUGGGCUUCCCUAGGGAUCCUGCAGAGGAGGCACUCAGAAGUAACAACAUGAAUCUCGACCAGGCUAUGAGCGCCCUGCUGGAGAAAAAGAGUGAUGGAGAAAAACGAGGGAUGAGGACGCUGUUGUGUCGUCCCCCAAACCUCUCUAAAGAUACGUCACUGGACCGAUCCGCCUUCCUGGACAAGGACGGUGGAUUAUCAGAGGACACGCCCACUUCCCCCUUUAUUCAUUCUUCUGGCCUCAAACUGACCAAUAACAGCCUUCCUAGCCAUGGCAUGGGCGGAGCCUCACCAGGACUAAUGCAAAACUUGAACAGCAGACAGAUGAAUGGAAUGUUCGGCAGUAACGGAGCAGCACAAUCCAGGGCUCCACCCCCUCAAGCACUAAACUCCACCCAUCACCCCCCACUACGUGCUCAAGUGCCUCAGUUUCUUUCCCCUCAGGUUCAAGCACAGCUCUUGCAGUUUGCAGCAAAAAACAUUGGCCUGAAUCCUGCACUUUUAACCUCACCGAUAAAUCCUCAGCAGAUGACCCUGCUUUACCAGCUCCAGCAACUGCAGAUGGCGUAUCAGCGUUUGCAGAUUCAGCAGCAGAUGAUGCAAGCUCAGCGAAAUGUUUCUGGUCCCAUUAGACAACAGGAGCAGCAAGUUGCACGUACAAUCUCGAACAUGCAGCAGCAGAUUCAGCAGCACCAGAGGCAGUUAGCUCAGGCCUUGCUGAUGAAGCAGCAGCAGCAGCAGCAGCACCAGGCCCCGUCCGCUCACUCUUACCCCAGCCUCGGCAAGCCGAACCUGGACGCCUUCCCAGGAAACUCCCAGGCUUCCGCAGGCCUGUCCAUGUCAGACCUGCACACCAAAGAGCCCCACGCGUCUCCCAGCUCCUUCGGCCCGUACCCUCUGUCCGGUCUGAACGGGAGCGUCGGUGUCGGCUGCAUGGACGCUCUGAAGGACACGCCCCCCCAGCCUCAGUCUCGCUUAUCCCAGUGGACUCACACCAGCUCCAUCGACUCCAUCAGCACCACCACCAGCCCCAGUGCUCCGCCCUCGAGCCACGCCCCCAACAUUAAACCCGUCAUGGAGGAUUCCUUCAGUCCUUAUAACCUGAUGUCCAGCUGCCAAUCUCCCAACAGCCCCUUGGGGGCACCAGAGAGCUGGCCACCAGGCAAAAACACUAACGACAAAAUGGCCAACGGCAGCAGCGUCAACUGGCCCCCGGAGUUUUGUCCUGGAGUUCCAUGGAAAGGGCUGCAGAACAUCGACCCUGAGUCCGACCCCAACGUGACUCCAGGAAGUGUUUCAGGCUGCCCCACAAUCAACACCAACAUUCAGGACGUUAAUCGCUAUCUGCUCCGGGACAGGAACGGAGGUAAACUGUUAGACAUGAAGUCCACCUGGUCCACAGGCUCCAUCUCACACACUCAGGCCUCGCUGUCCAAUGAGAUGUGGAAGAUUCCUGUGGGUGGGCGGAGCUCCGGAACUGUGCCCCGCCCCCCACCGGGCCUCACUAAUAACAAACACAACAACAACUGGACACCUGGACCGCUGAGCAACAGCUGGAGCAGAGACUACAGCUCAGAGAGCACUGGGUGGACCGCCGACAGCUCCAGCAGGACCAGUAGCUGGCUUGUGUUGCGUAAUCUCACUCCUCAGAUCGACGGUUCCACUCUGAGGACUCUGUGUAUGCAGCAUGGGCCGCUCAUUACGUUCCACCUCAGUCUGCCACAGGGGAACGCUCUGGUGCGCUACAGCUCCAAAGAGGAAGCAGCUAAAGCUCAGAAAUCUCUGCACAUGUGCGUUCUGGGUAACACCACCAUCUUGGCCGAGUUUGCCGGAGAGGAGGAAGUGACACGUUUUUUCUCUCAGGCUCAGUCGUUCCCGCCCUCCGGCAGCUCCUCCCACCCCGCCCUGGGUCAGUGGGGCACCUCGACCACUAAGGGGGGCAGUAACCCGCCGGGCGGAGCUAACGGGGCAGGGGCGGAGCUCCUGUGGGGCGGAGUCCAGCAGCCGUACUCCAGCUUAUGGGGUCCGAUCAACGGCGAGGAGAGCCGAGUCAUGGGAAGUCCCGUCCCCGUGAACACGCUGCUCCCGGGAGACCUGCUGAGCGGCGAGAACAUGUAGCGCAACAUGUCACCCCAGAGAGGGGUAAAAAACAAAACGACCACCACUAACUACCCCCUCAAAUCAGUGUGAGGAUAAUCACUUCCCCUGGAACAGCUGUUCUAAUUUUAAUUCAUUAGAUUUAGAAAUAAAAGUGUAGAAGUGUAGAAGAUCGUAAAAAAAAAAAAAAAAAGGACGAGUGGACUGAAAGCAAAGCCUCGAGGGUUUACGUUGUUUUGCUGAGAAAGAAGAAGGUGGAGGAGGAGGGGGAGGAGAAGAAGAGGCAAGGCAGCCAUUUUGAAUCAUGAAAAAAAACUGAAAUGAAAAACCUCACAGCCUUGCUGUCUCCUCACUGCUCCUGCUUUAACCUCUUCACCAUUUCUCCCAUUCUUUUAGAACUUAUCAGCCUUAAGUGUCUCUUUUUUUUUUCUUACAUUUUUUAAAAGACUUCUGUUUCUGAGCCAACGAUGUGGAAGAGAGGGAAAUGAAAUGGCCAAUCAGACCCUCGGGAAAGAGAACAGCCUGAGGUACACUGACCUUGCAUUGUUUAAAAAAAAAAAAAAAAAUGUGUGUGUGUGUGCGCGUGUGCGUGUGUGGAAAGGAAGUCGGCCAAGCAUUCAUCACGAAGCUUCUCGCUGGGAUCCUCAUGUUUCUGUCCUUUCGAUGAAUUUCAGUCCUGAAUGUCGGAUGUUGUUUAACUUUCCCCCCCGUGAGGAUCCGAGGAAGAAGAAGAAGAUGAAGCUCGGUGUCCGUGUGAUGCGUCGUGCAAUAUAACCUUCAUCGCCCUCAUCAUCAUCAUCAUCUGCUUAUUCUUCCGCUCUUUUUUUAUCCGUUCAGUCUGUCCCGCAGAGACUAAUGGACGUCCCGGGUUUCUGGCUCGCUGCUCAGCGGCUGUGUCCCAAAUCCACGCACACUUCCUCUCUAAUAACCGGAGAGAUCCGAGAUGCAGCGCGGAGAGACUCGGCUUUCAGGCACAACACCAAAACUUUUACUCCUAAUGCAGUAAACAAAAACAAAAAAAUAAAUAAAAGUCUAAUGUUUGGGUUUUUUUUCGAAGAGGGGGCGGGGUUAAUAGAAAUCUAAUAAUAAUAAUAUGAAAUGAUAUGAUGAGCACUUAUGGACCGAUGGAGUGAUAAACAACAACAAAAAAACUAGCAAGCAAGCAAAAAACGAAAAAAAAGACUAUUUUAAAAUUCCGUUGUUUUUUUUUCCGUCUUCGGAACGACUCUUUAAAAAGACUGAAUCUACAAUCAGACUGAAACUCGCAGUACGUUUUUACACUCAGCGUUUUUUUUCCUUAUGUGAUUUAAAACGUGUUUAAAAUGAAUGUCAUCAUUUUUCCAAACCUGUUUAUGGCCUUCGCUGCGUCUGAGGGGAAAAAAAGACGCCGGAAACAGGGAAUAUUAUCCGGACCAGUUCAGUGGUACACGAGAACGGGAAUCGGAAUCGUCACGGUGUCGGAACGCUGAGACGUCGCUAAAGUGACGGGGGUCGGAAUCUCGAUGCUCUGCUGUGUAACGGGGCGCACCGGAGUGCUGCGGUCACAGGGUCGGAAUACCGCCGUGCCGCCAUACGGAGUGGGAUGUCCUGUGAUUUUUGUGAUGGAAUACCGUAACCUGGAACGCCGGGGUGUGUGACUGUGUCGGAACGGUGCGACGUCACAGUGAUGGACAUUUUAAAGUGUUUGAAGUCGCUCGAUUCCGUACCAGGAAACACGGGCAUCACGCUGACUCAGCGACAUCACGACCGUGGAAUGUGGCGACGUCAUAACAUUCUCCGUUUCCGUUACAAACUAAAGCCCCGUCCGAAGCGGUGCCCACCGACACACACCAUAAUGCAUUAUGGAUAUUCUGUGACGCUAUCAUGUGUUGAAGUGCAUCAUGGGACUUCCUGAGCACGCCUGCAAAAAUACUGCACUACAUUGUGAACAGGGAGAGAUUUCGGAAACGGUCGCAGAACGCGUUGCGCCGUGUGUGUGUGUGUUUUUUUUUUUGUUUUUUGUUUUUUUGUCGCUACGACUAAUCAAAGCCAAAUCGACAGCUCGCGCGUCUCUGCACCUUCAGCAGGAAUCUCAGUCCCGGAGUUUAUUUGGGUUUUAUUUCCGCACAUUUCUGGAACUUGUCAGUGUUCAGAUGCACAAACACUUCCUGUCCUGUGUAACAAAACAAAGGAACAAUUCGAAUAAUGAUUGUUUUUCUGAUUUGAUGUGAAAAAAAAAAAAUCAUUCAUGGUUUUUAUGUGAGUGAAACAACAAUCCGAAUUCCUUAAAGCAGUGUUCGGAAUUGUGUGUGUGUGUGUGUGUGUGUGUGUG